AUGGCCUUCACCGAGCUGCUGGACACCCUGGGUGGGGUGGGCCGCUUCCAGAUGCUAUACAUGGCCCUGCUCCUGUUCCCCUGCUCCCUUCUAGCUUGCCACAAUUUCCUCCAGAACUUCACGGCCGCUGUGCCCCUGCACCACUGCCGGGGCCACGCCAACGAGACCGGAGGCACCAAUGCCACAGAGGAGGGCUGGUGGCGGGCGUCCAUCCCCGCGGACCGGCACCAGAGGCCGGAGCCCUGCCUGCGCUUUGUCCGGCCUCAGUGGGAGCUGCUGGACCCCAACGCCACAGUCGAUGACGUGGCCACCGAGGGCUGUGAGGAUGGGUGGACCUACGACCGCAGUGUCUUUCCCUCCACCAUUGUGACCGAGUGGGAUCUGGUGUGCGAUUCAAGGCCCAGGAGGGACCUGGCUCAGACAAUCUACAUGGCGGGAGUGCUGGUGGGGGCGGCUGUGUUUGGCAGUGUGGCAGACAGGUGGGGCCGGAAGGCUCCCCUUAUGUGCUCCUACCUGCAGCUUGCCGUGGCCGGGGCCUGCACAGCCUACUUCAGCUCCUUCGAGGUCUACUGCGUGUUUCGCUUUCUGACGGGCAUGACCUUCUCUGGAAUCAUUCUCAACUCCCUUUCUCUGGUUGUGGAGUGGAUGCCCACCCAAGGGCGCACGGUGGCAGGAGCCCUGCUGGGUUAUGCCUUCACCCUGGGGCAGAUCCUGCUGGCGGGAGUUGCCUACCUGGUCCGGUCUUGGCGAUGGCUGCAGUUUACUGUCUCUGCCCCCUUCUUGGUCAUCUUCCUGUACUCUUGGUGGCUGCCCGAAUCCUCCCGCUGGCUCCUCCUCCACGGAAAGUCCCAUCUAGCCAUCCAGAACCUGCGCAAAGUGGCCAGGCUAAAUGGAAAAAGGGAGGAAGGGCAGCGACUCACUAAGGAGGUGGUGAGUACCUACAUGCAGAAUGAGUCUUCAGUGGGUCGGCCCUCCAGCUCUGUCCUGGACCUCUUUAGGACCCCAGCCAUUCGUAAGGUCACUUGCUGCCUCAUGGUUGUCUGGUUCUCCAAUUCCUUGGCUUACUAUGGCCUGGCCAUGGACCUCCAGAAGUUUGGGCUCAGCAUUUACCUGGUCCAGGUGAUGUUCGGGGUCAUUGACAUCCCGGCCAUGCUGGUCUCCACCACCACGAUGAUUUAUGUGGGGCGCCGGGCCACUGUGGCUUCGUUCCUCAUCCUGGCCGGAUUCAUGGUGAUCGCCAACAUGUUUGUCCCAGAAGACAUGCAAACCCUGAGGACGGCCCAGGCGGCCCUGGGGAAGGGCUGUCUGGCCAGCUCCUUCAUCUCUGUGUACCUCUUUGCAGGGGAGCUGUACCCGACGCAGGUCAGGCAGAUGGGCAUGGGAUUCGUCUCCGUGAAUGCCCGCUUGGGUGGCAUGGCGGCCCCACUGGUCUCCAUGUUGGAAGAGUACCAUCCCAUCCUGCCCCCCGUAAUCUUUGGGGCUACCGCCAUCUUCGCCGGGGUGGCAAUCUGCUUCCUCAUGGAGACCCGCAACUUGCCCUUGGUGGAGACCAUCGAAGCAAUGGAGAGAAGGGCCAAAGGAUGCCUUUCCCAGAAGGUUACAGAAGAAAAGAGUGAAGAAAUAAGUCUACAGCCCAUAGGGGUUUCCUCUCACAUCAAAGAAACCAUUUAAACUGGAGGGAGUCCUUGGGAAGGCCCUGCUUGUUUGUGGCAAGAAGCUCUGGGUGUGUG